AUGAAGCUGGACAUCUCGUGUUUUUGCUUCCUGUCGAAAAAUGAGUACCGAGUGCUGACGGCGAUAGAAAUGGGCAUGCGGAACCAUGAGUACCUGCCCGUGUCAUUAAUAGCAAGCAUAGCGAAUUUGAGGAAGGAAGGCAUAAACAGUGUGCUGAAGAAGUUGCUCAAAAAUAAACUGAUCAGUCAUGAAAAUAAAAAGUACGAUGGGUACAAGCUAACCUAUUUAGGGUAUGACUUCCUAGCCUUAAGGGCAUUUAUAAACAGGGGCACCCUAAAAAGUGUUGGCAAUCAAAUAGGAGUUGGAAAAGAAUCAGACAUCUAUAUAUGUAAAGAUACGAGCGGAAAUUUGUUGUGUUUAAAAAUACAUAGGUUAGGUAGAAUAUCCUUUAGAACUAUUAAAAAUAAUAGGGACUAUUAUGGGAAGAAAAAUUUCCGAAAUUGGCUGUACUUGUCCAAAAUAGCUGCCACGAAGGAAUAUGCUUAUUUGAAAGCUCUGUAUGAAAAUAACUUCCCAGUUCCAAAACCUUAUGACCUAAACAGACAUAUGAUUCUCAUGUCGUAUGUAAAUGGGUACCCCCUGUCACACGUAAAAAUUAGUAACCCCUUUAAGAUAAUAGACGUCUUAAUAAACACGAUCAUUAAAUUUGCCAAGGCGAAUAUAAUUCAUGGAGAUUUCAACGAAUUUAACAUUCUCAUAGAUGACGAUGAGAAAAUAACUGUUAUAGAUUUUCCCCAAAUAGUUUCUCUACAGCAUGCGAAUGCAAAGUUGUACUUUGACCGAGACGUCAGAGGUGUCGUUAACCACUUUUAUAAAAAGUACAAAAUAAAAAUUGAAGAUUACCCUGUUUAUGAGGAUGUCAUUUUGCUGACUAAUGAUAAAAUUGUGGUGGACGAGAAUUUGCUUUCCAGUUGUGAUGAGCAUGCCCUCAUGGACGUCCUGCAGAAUGAUGGCUCUGACUCGGUCUGCACCGGGCCGGAGCAGGUGAACGGUAGUGACGAUGGCGUCGAAAGUGAUCAAGGUAACCAAAGUGACGAAAUGGACGAAGUGGAAGAAAGUGACGAAAUUGAUGGAAGCCGUCGCAGUGAGGCAAACCGCCCAAGCACUGUUAGUGAGAGCACUCAGGGGGAAACGCCCCGCAGCGUGGGAACCCAGGGGGGGGACUCCUUCUCUUCUGAAGGAAAGUACAAAGACGCCUACGAGAGCAACGCGGAAAGGGAAAAGGCAAAUGACCAGCUGGAGAAAAGAUUGGACGGAUUGGAUGACAAUGGCGUGGAAAGUGCACAAGGGGGAGAAGCGGAUCAGCCAGGAAAUAAGAAGGAAGAGGAGGAGACCCAAGGCAGGGGGGUUAGUAGCCCCAUGAAGAAUGAAGAAGCCAUUACAAAUGGGAAGUGCAGUGGUACAGAGGAGAAGACGCAGGGUGAGGAUAAAGACCGUCAUGAUGGUCACCCUGUUAGCGGUGAGGAAGAGACGGAGGGGAAAAUCGUCUCAAACGACCCGAACCAUCAGGUGGACGGUGGUACUUCAGAAAAGAGCGCCCACCAGGUGAACUGCACGAAGGGCAUGAGCAGCGAAGCGAGCGGUGAUGAAGUCAGUGGUGAUGAAGUCAGUGGUGACGAAGCCAGUGGUGACGAGGCCAGCGAAUUGACGGCGUACUCCAGCUGCGAGUCGGAGGGAGGCAUCUCCGAGAAUUCCACCAAGAAGCUGUCCGAAACGUGGCAGCCCCAUAUAAAAAAGUACACGAAGGAAUACGCUAAGAGCAAGCUAAAGUACAUGUAUAGGAAGAAGAAAAAUAAGGAAAAGUACAAGGAAAAUUUAAAAACGAAAAAUAAAAAAAAACUAAUGGAAAAGAUUAAAAAUUAUGUGUAA